GAGAGUGAAAGAAAGAGAUAGAUAGGAAGAUAUACACAUACAUAUAUCUAUAUACAUAUCUCCCACUUCAUCUUUUCCACCUCAUUCUGACUCUCUCUUUGGAGUUACCCGCGCUCAACGUUACGUUACGUUACGUUUCCUCGAAGUACUCUACUUCUUCUCUUCUUCACUUUCAUCAUCUAUCUGAACUCAGCCGUCAUCAUCGGCGGCUACGUAAAUAUACAUACAUAGACACAUCUAACUAUAUACGCUUACGUAUUAAGAAGAAUCAUUUCUGGGUUGAAUAGAACCACGAUACGAAUAUGCCAGAGAAGAUGAGCGAUCAGGAGGACCUGGAAUACUGCAUAAUGUUCCCGUCUUUUCCACCAUCACCAAAGGACCCAGCUUUGACGUCUUCCACGACCAAUGGACAGGAUCAUAGAGAAGAAUUUGUUUUCGUCUAUGAAGAAGACAAACGACCAUUGGUUGUUCUUCUUGGAUGGGCUGGAUGUCAGGAUAGAUAUUUGGCUAAAUACAGUGCUAUUUAUAAGGAGAAGAGUUGCAUCACUCUUCGUUAUACAGCACCGAUGGAAUGUCUUUUUGGACGAAGAAACAAAAUGCCUUAUAUAGGCAAACGAUUGUUGCAAGUAAUUGCUAAAAACAGUUUGAACGAUCAUCCGAUAUUCUUCCACAUAUUUAGCAACGGUGGCGCUUUACUUUAUCAACACAUCAGUAUUGCAAUGCAAGAAAUGAAUUCUCCGAUCCAGUCGCAAGUGAAAGGAGUGAUCUUUGACAGUGCACCAGGUGAAAGAAGAGUUACAUCCCUGUUCAAAGCUAUCAGUGCAAUCAUUGGUGGACAUCCUCUAACAAAUAUACCGAUGUCUUUCUUCAUUACGAUCUUCUUAUCAAUGUACUGGUUCUUCGAGGUGAUCGCCCAUGCACUUGGAAGAGGUUUCACCAUCCAAUCGAAUCCUUUCGCAUUGAUGGAAGAAUCAUCUUCUUGGCCACAACUAUUUCUUUACUCGAAUACCGACACCUUAAUUCCUGCUGCAGACGUUGAGAAAUUCGCAAGCCGGCGUGCAGAACGCGGAGUACGUGUACAACUAGUACUCUUUACAAAUUCACCCCAUGUUAAGCAUUAUGCAAUGUAUCGAGAGGUCUACGUUAACACAGUUUACAGUUUCAUCAACGAAUGCCUGCAGUCUGGCAACCCGUCCAAGAGGUUUGAGAAAUCACCUAAUCUUGACGAAGAUCAUAUCGAAUCCGACGUUUACAAUUCGCAACCUCGCCUCACGAAACGUGUCGUUUUGCCUAACGAGGCAACCAAGUAUCAAAAUUAGUAGUCAUACGCGCGAAAGAACAAAUCGUCGAUAAAAUGAAAAAGAUAAGAAGAACAAGCAUUUUUAUUAGCAAAAAUUAUCUUGCAUUAUCUCGUCGCAAGGAAAUUUCAAACACACGUUCGUUGUCAAAACUUACGGAUAUCGAAAAUCGGUUAAUACUGGUCAUAUUUUUUUUACUAAUUUAAUUUUUUUAAUUAUUUUUAUUUUUCUAAGCAAAUUAACGAUGGAAUAAGACGAACAAUGGAAUGAUAAUUUUUUUUUUAAUUUAUAUUCUCCUUUAUAUAUAAGAAGAAAAAUUUGUCAACAAAAAAAAAAGGAAAAUUACAAGAAAACGAAAAUUAGUAUCGAUUUUCGAACUCCGUUAGUUUUCAAAAACGCGUA